AUGCCCGAAUUGCAGCAACUGAGAAAACGGGACAAUGAUAUCAAUGCAGCGAUAUCCUGGUCCGGUCGGUCGUUGACUACCAUCUACGCUGGUAUCUCCAUUAUGCACCGCAACUACGGAGAUAGCAGAGCCGCCAUCGCCUUUCGAAAUUCAGCGUAUCUAUUCGACUAUGUCGUGUUCAAUCUGCCUGCCGAGUCUUCCAAGACACCUGCCCAUAUCAUUUUGCAAUCGAAUCGCUUGGCCUUACCACUGUCCCUAGCUGACAAGUAUCCGUCCCUCUGUUCUCAGCUCUGGAGGGAGCUGGAUAUUCUGCCUCUAGUUCUGGAACACAAAGAACGGGCCAGGAGGGAUUCUGACCUGGGUGAAUUGGCGACCUUCUCGUCAUGGGGCACCAAAGAAUUCGAUGAACAGGCGGACUCAAUGGUCAGGAAGUGUAUGCGGUCUUUCGGCGUGGGCCACGUCCUGCAGGAAAAUAUAGGCCUUGGGAGCUUGGUAGAGGUUGAUCGGAAUUUUCGGGUGCGGCUGGCCAAUCUGGAAGAUUACCAGGCGACGGUGACUGCUCAGACAUGGUCCAUCGUUCAACAUUAUGCAGAAGAACUCAAGCAACGGAAUGUGAAAAUUGCAUUCUUUAGCUUGUCCUCGCAAGGGAGACCAGAUAUCCAUACAAGGCAUUCAUUACGUUCUACAUAUUGCAAACUUGAUACUGGCUUAAACUUUUGGCUUAGGUAUGUCCCAAAGCCGCGUCCAGGGAUGAGUUGCAUUAUCCGGAAGAUGCACGAUUCCCUAGAAGGAUUGAAUGCACCAGGUGAUUUCCUCACAAUUGAUGAUGAACUACGUAUUCUGCAAUGGGUCUAUGAAAAUGCUCGAAGAUACUGGCUGUGUGAAGAUGAUCCUCUGCAGGCUCGGUCUAAGGGUGGCGCUGACAUCGUGAUCAUUGAUGAUGCGUCUCUUACACCCGCAGCAUUAUUAUCAAAGCAGGCCGAUCCGAAUCGACCAGCCAUUUUUGAAAAUCGAGUUCAAGUUCAACGGAGCGUGUUGCAGAAUUCAAAGAACUUAUCGACACGAUCGUGGGACUUCCUGCGGGAACGUCUUAGGCAUGUAGAUCUUGUGGUAUCUCAAGCCCCGAAAGAGCUGGUACCGGAUAUGAUGCUGGAAAAGAAAGUUGGCUAUAUCCCGGUAUCUGUGGAUCAACUGGAUGGAUCUAGUAAGAAUAUGAGAGACUUUGACAUCACAUUUUAUGGACGCGAGUUCAACUCCCUGUGUCGAUCCUUCGAGACACCGAUUUUGAACUAUCCGGAGGAGCAAUACAUCCUCCACCUCUCACAAUUCAGAAACCUCGACGAGACCCUCACAGUCCUUCACGCCUACCAAAAAUUCUGCAUCCACUGCUUGGACGCAGGGAUCAGCGUUCCCUUCCCCAAACUCCUCAUAUACCAUUACGGACCAUCCCGCAGCUCCAAAAGCACUCUCAUCUAUGAUGCCAUCCUCUCCCACAUUGAGGUGGACAUGCCACAUCUCAGACCAUCCAUCUACGUAAUGCAAAUCGGCCCGCCAGAUCAGCCCUGGAAUACCCUUCUAACCAAAGCAAAAGUCUUUUCCUUUACCAAGGGUGUUAGUAAUAUCCUUUUCUUUGAGAAGGGCGAUGUGGACAUCAUUUCCAGGCUCCUGGUGGAGCUCUGGACUGAUUCCCAGCUGAGCCCCACGCUACUGCCGGGACCGAGGGGGCUGAGGGAUGAGCAUACGACAGUUGGGAAUGCGGUUAAUUGGUUGUUUUUGGCGGCGGAAAUGUCGCGCGAGGAUCAUGCCGUGGAGCUGGAUGGGAAGAGUGUCUUUGAGUUGGCUGGUCAGGGGGCUGGUUUGUGUGUUUGA